GAAACACAGUGAUCAACUUGUUGAUCCGAGAGGACCAGUAUAUAUAUGAUAACCCUUGCUGUCUAGCACCAUAACCCUUCUUUCAGGACCCUUUUUCAAAGCUCUAUGCAGUUUUGCUUUGGGAAUUUCACUGUAUAACUAGAGUUCUUUUGAAGUGAGCUCAAAAGGACUUAACGAGGCAAGAAGAGAUUUUGCAACAAGGAGAAAAAGGGCUGCAACUUGUGCAUGCAUAUGGUAUCGAAUAUAUAUCAAGAAAUAUAUCCCAUCUUAUUGCAUAGUAAAAAGUGAAAGGGCAUCUCAAGGUUGAUAUAUAGGGUAGCUAUAGCUAAUUAGAUCGAUUACUUUUGUUUUUGGGAUCUUCAAGGCUUGGAACAAUUAUGGAGUUUGCCCGUUUCCAUCUUCAGCAUCAGCUCCAAGAAGAAUCUACUCAGUGUAUAACUUCAACAAUCCCACCACCUGACUCUACACCUUCCUUUAUCACUAAUCAAUCAUGGAUCCCAAGCAACAUGUACAAUGGCUAUGACCGUGGGUUUCUAACUGAUCAGUGCUUCACAAAUUCAAGAGAGCUACAACUGAAGCACGCCAUGACUGAUUCACUUAGAAUUUCAACAAGGCAAGCCUUUGGUUUUCACAAUGGAAAAAGCCUCAUAACUCAGCAUCCAGUUAGUGAUAAUAAUAAUCUCUUUCCUGCAAGAAUCUUCAAAGGUGGAAUGAUCAAUACCUCCAUGAAGGGUAUGGAGGAAUCAUCACAAUAUUCUUCUCCUAGUUUCUUAUCUAGUAUUGGUGUAACUGGUGAAGAGUUUUUUCCCAAUGACAGGCCUAUAGAUGGAGGAACCCUAAGCAAGAGAUAUAAUAAUAACUUUGGCGAUGUUUCCUUAAUUUCAAAUUUACCAACCCUAGAUAUGGCCUCUUCCUUAGUUUCAUGUUCUUUGGGAUUAAACCCUAAAAUGUUUGAUCUGCAUACAAGUUAUGGUGGGAGUUGUGGAUUAAUCCAACCUUGCUAUGAUACUUUUGGUCUUAACGAGAGCAUAUCUUUGAGUCGCAGCCAUAUGCAUGGCCGUGAAAACAGUCCAUCAAACAGCUCAAGUAAAACUUCAUCAUUUGUAAGUGAAGUUGCAACGAAGAAAAGGCCUAGCAAUUGCUCUCUACCAAAAGAAUCUGAAGCAAAAGUUAAGAAGUCAAGGCCAUCAUGCCCGCCCCUGAAGCAGGUAAGAAAGGAAAAAUUGGGGGAUAGGAUCCAAACUCUUCAGAGACUAGUGGCACCUUUCGGAAAGACCAGUACAGCCUAUGUGUUGAGUGAAGCCAUUGGCUACAUCCAUUUCCUUCACCAACAAAUUCAGACUUUGAGCAUCCCUUACAUGAAAUCCGCACAAAGCAAGCCCUCUAGAAUGGUGCAGCUGGAUUCAAAUAAGGUAGAUAGAAGAGAAUUCAUGCCAGACCUUCGAAGCAGAGGCUUGUGUCUUGUGCCCCUUUCUUAUGCAUCAUUUAUUCAUCGUUGUGUUUAGCCAUUUUCAUAUUGAUAUUAGUAACAGAUAACCCAAAAUUUGAAUAAUUUUUUUUUCAUGGUGUGCUUGUUUUAGUUUGUGAGCAAUGACAAUGUUGUAAUGUAAAAUGUAUAGAGGAGUGAAAAUUAAAAAAAAAAUGAAAAAGAAAAAAUGAUUUUCACCUCGCUAUAUAUUUUGAAAAAUAAUAAAUACACCCAGUUCAUCUUA